UUCUCGUCCGGGGAACCCACAUAGCCCGUUACUUGCCGCGGUGCUUCCUCUUCUCUGCUGAAGUUAGCUCCCGGGGCGCCGUCUGCCGGCCCGGAGCUAAGCCGGAGGGGGCGGGGAGGCCGCUUGGUCGGGCCUGGGCUUUUUGCCUCGCGGCUCCGCGCGACCCUCCGGCCACUGCCCUGGGCGCCGCAGCCCUACGACCUUCCUGUCUAUCCCUGGAGCGUUGGGUCCGGUGCAGAAGGUGCUGAACAAUGGCAGAGGAAGUGGUAGUAGUAGCCAAGUUUGAUUAUGUGGCCCAACAAGAACAAGAGCUGGACAUCAAGAAGAAUGAGAGAUUGUGGCUUCUGGAUGAUUCUAAGUCCUGGUGGCGAGUUCGAAAUUCCAUGAAUAAAACAGGUUUUGUGCCUUCUAACUAUGUGGAAAGGAAAAACAGUGCCCGGAAAGCAUCUAUUGUUAAAAACCUAAAAGAUACCUUAGGCAUUGGAAAAGUGAAAAGAAAACCUAGUGUGCCAGAUUCUGCAUCUCCUGCUGAUGAUAGCUUUGUUGACCCAGGGGAACGUCUCUAUGACCUCAACAUGCCUGCUUAUGUAAAAUUUAACUAUAUGGCAGAGAGAGAGGAUGAAUUAUCAUUGAUAAAAGGGACGAAGGUGAUCGUUAUGGAGAAAUGCAGUGAUGGGUGGUGGCGGGGUAGCUACAAUGGACAAGUUGGAUGGUUCCCUUCAAACUAUGUGACUGAGGAAGGUGACAGUCCUUUGGGUGACCAUGUGGGUUCUUUGUCAGAGAAGUUAGCAGCAGUCGUCAAUAACCUAAAUACUGGGCAAGUAUUACAUGUGGUUCAGGCUCUUUACCCAUUCAGCUCGUCCAAUGAUGAAGAACUUAAUUUUGAGAAAGGAGAUAUAAUGGAUGUUAUUGAAAAACCUGAAAAUGACCCUGAGUGGUGGAAAUGCAGGAAGAUCAAUGGAAUGGUUGGUCUGGUGCCGAAAAACUAUGUUACCAUUAUGCAGAAUAAUCCAUUAACAUCAGGUUUGGAACCAUCGCCUCCACAGUGUGAUUACAUUAGGCCUUCACUCACUGGAAAGUUUGCUGGCAAUCCGUGGUAUUAUGGGAAAGUCACCAGGCACCAAGCAGAAAUGGCAUUAAAUGAAAGAGGGCAUGAAGGUGAUUUCCUCAUUCGUGAUAGUGAAUCUUCGCCAAAUGAUUUCUCAGUAUCACUAAAAGCACAAGGGAAAAACAAGCAUUUUAAAGUACAACUAAAAGAGACUGUCUACUGCAUUGGGCAGCGUAAAUUCAGCACCAUGGAAGAACUUGUAGAACAUUACAAAAAGGCACCAAUUUUUACAAGUGAACAAGGAGAAAAAUUAUAUCUUAUCAAGCAUUUAUCAUGAUACUGCUGACCGAAGUGAACUGCUGUACAGUUGUAAUUCGUCAUGUAAUUGAAGACUGAGAAAAUGUCAGUCCAGUCAUGUUUGAUUGGAAAUUGCUGUUUCUAACUCUAUAUGAGAAUUGACUAUAAUACAUAAAAUAUUUUUAUUAUAACUCAGCCCAUAUAUAUAUAUAUAUAUAUAUAUAUAUAUACUACAUACACCAAGCAUCUGCAUAGAGCAGUUCCUUAUCCUUGGGUCUUCUGUUUUAUUGUUUUCUUGCUCUUCUCUUGCUUCUAAUAUUAAGGUUUUAUAUUUUGAAAAAAUGAUGCAAAUCAAAAGUCUUUAUAUGAAAGAAUUUAUUGCCUUUCCUUUAUUUUCUUUUAAGGGCACCACCUUAGUUACUUCUGCAAUGGUUUCUAUUCAUAUAAAAUUAUUAUAUCUAUUAUAUCAACAUAUACCAUAUGCUAAAAUAAAUUUCUUGGAGAGUUAAUCUUUUCUGUGACUAAAUAGCAAUAAUAAAUGGAAAAUUAGAAAUUAUUUUCAACUAUUAUAUUUGUCACAAACCAUUGUAAAUACCAAAUAUGUUGUGUCUGUCAUUUUUCAGAAUUCAUUUGUUUUCAGUUUAAAGCAAACCAUAUGGGACAUAGGUUAGAAAACAUAUCUUGUACAAUUUAAAUUUACAUCUGUUGGAAGCAAAAAUCUCCAAAUUCCUAUGAAUUUUUUCCCCCUACUUCUCUCUCAUCUGGUUAUUCAAGAGAAAAAAGCAUUCUCAAGAUAUUUAGCUUUUAACUGUAAAUAGAUGCUCUAGUGUUAUUUUUUUCCCCUAGUUAUAUAUUGUCACUGUGAAAAAAAGCUAAGGCCAAAUUUUGAAGAAGUAGGUGACAAUGAGAUAGAUAACUUGGUUCUCUGCCUACCACCCUUCCCCCCAGAAAAAUCAGUAAUAAUCAAGCAUAGUAGUUGUAGUAUUUUUAUUUUCUUCAUUCAGCUUUGAAUUUUAUUGACCAAGACACUAAAAUUGAUACAUACUUGAUGAAAAGAUGUGAUAUGCUAAUGCUUUGAGAAAAUUUUUAGAAUCUUAUUUUUGCAGAUUCUUCUAUUAUAUUUUUAUCCUGCAGAAGUUUGGGUGUAUGGGUAAGAGGCUGAGGCUACUGUAGAGAAUUUAAUCUAUUUCUGUACAUCACAGAAGAAAACCAGUUAGUUACAUUUUAUGGCCACAACUCCCCCCCCUCCCCCCCCCCCACCCACAUUAUAAAUUCUGGAGAUUUAAGGAAAGUACCUUCAGUAUUUUAAUAGAAAAUACUUGCUAAAACAAUUUAGUAAUUAGGAGAAAGUCAUGAGAUUUUUUUAAACAUUUCACCAGUGCUGCCUAGGCAAAUGAAUGUUUCUAUUCUUUAUUAUAAACAGACAUUUAAGACACAAAAUUACUGAUUCUAAAAUUGAAGUCUAAUUCAUGAAUUUCUUGAUUUUGGUGGUUUUAGAUUUAUUUUGUUUUUUAAUUCUCUAAAUCUUCAAAUCAUUUAAAGACUUAGAUUGCCACUGGGUGGCAGCCCUGACUUCUCCCUCUAAGCAACAGGAGUUAGCAAAUACAAACUUUUUACAAUUCUUUUAUCUUCAUUACAUCUGCUUUUAAAGCCUUUUAGUUUGUAUUUCAUUAUUUUUCUCAGCCCCACUUUAUUUAUUUAAGAUAAUUAUGAGUAGGCAAGUUUAAUGGAAACAGAAGUCACAUGCUUGUUUUUUUGGCUGUAAAAUCAUGAAUAUAAAUUGAAGAAAAUAGUUUUCAAGUAGUUGUAAAAUGACUUUUAAAUUUUAAACAUUUGAUGAUGCUUUCUUUUUAUUCUCUACUUCUUUGUGGUCCCCCCACCCCAAUCCAGUCUUCCUUACUUAAAAAAUGAAUGUUUAAAAAAAGAAAGGAGGGGAUGGGUUCAAUUACUAAUUUGUAUCACAGACAUGAGCUAUUUAUAGCAAACCCUGCUGAGCUGAUGUCAAGCAUUUUGAGAAAGUAGCUAGGAGUGGAGUAGCACUGGAAACAAUGCAUAUUUCUGUGCUGUAAUUAGAUUUAUACUAACUAGAGAAUUCCUAGGAGAUCCACAUGUGCCAAUAAUAGCUAUUGUGUGCUCUUACUGUAUGAUGGAGACCUCACUGGGAACUACUUAAUUUUGUACGUUUUAUCAAUUUUUUUAAAGUCUUAAAACCAGUGUUUACAUCAAUGACUUUUUUUUUAAAGCAUGAAUUUUCUUAAGAACUGGAACCAUUUUCAAAAACAUCUACAUGGCUAGCUAGUAGCAGGACUUGUGUUAGAAACCACGUUUCCUCAUUCCUAGCCUGUACACUUGUCUUGUGACACAUUGGCUUCAUUGUGCCUGUUUUUAGACUAGGAGGAAAGUCCUGGAAAGAGAAAUAUUACAGAAGUUUUCUUUCAUCUGUGAGGAGAUGCUUAGCUUUCAUUUUAAAUAUAACACAUAACUGCCCCAUAACCCACUUCUACAAAUAACUUCAAAUUCUUGGAAGAAGGAUUUUCAGAACUUUAUGUAAGCUCCGUGACUGAAAGCUAUUGCUGCCGUAUCUGUUAUUUAAUCGGAAGUCCUUACGUUCAGCUGAAUACAGACUCACACCUAUUACACACCUUUGACUAUGCGCAGUAACACCUGGCACUUUCAAAGAUGGUGUGUCACAGAUACAUCACUUGACAAAAUCAAAAGGCUUUAGUGCAAUCCGUUGUAAUUGCUGUAAGAAUAAAACGCCUAGCUUUGGUUGGUAGAAUGAUGUCUUCAUGGAUAUGUGGAUACAGUAAUAACCCAUAAGUUGUCUCCAGCUUUAGUGCUUUAAUUUUGUCAUCUAAUCUAGAGAUUGCAAGAAGCAGGGCCACUACUGUUUGUGUAGGUACAUUUGUGAGAAUUGCAAAAAGGCACAUCUUCCCCUGGCAAGACAGCCACUUUUGUUGCUGUUGAUAAGUCCAAAACUCAGCAUCGCCACCCUUCUCCCAUCUUGCAAGAUAACCCAGUUCAGGAUACAAUCAAACAGGAAUACAGUUCGAGCUAAAAUGCUUAAAAAAAUAAUUGUUAGCAUUUUUAAAUGGGGGGGUGGAGGGGUUUACAUAAACAGAGUUUUGGUUUCCCCUGAAAAAGGAGAAGCUGGUAACACUGGAUUUGAAUUCUCACAAGGCAUUGAGUAGUAUGGAUGCUCCCCUUAUUUUUACCAAUACAUUAAAGAUUAACAGUAAAACAGUGUUUCCCAACCUUUAUGCUCCUAGUUCAAAUCUCAAAAUGCAGUUAGUGUUACUCCCUGUUUUUCCUGUAACGGGAGUUUUUGGUUUGGAAUCUGGAAACUUACAUUUUGCAGAAACAUUCAGUUGCAGUGUCCAAAUUAAUAAGGAAUAUAAUAUUACAGCAUGCUUUAACUUUUCACUUCAGUAUUUUGCUAGAAGAAAAGAAGAUCCUUUGCAGUCUUAUUUAUCUAGAUUCUUUAAAUGUUUUUGAAUGGUUUCACAACUGAAGUCACUUCUAACAUAAAGCAAAUUUGAUACAGCACAAAUGACAUCCCCGUUUUAUGUUCUGAACAGCAUCCAAGGGACUUUUUGAAAAUGCCAUAUUACUGCUUCUGGGGAAAAUCACUGUUUUAUUCUAUUGCAAGGCAAGGUAGGAAAGCUUUCUUCUGAAAAACUGGUUCUGUUGGCUUUUAACAAGUUUAUAUGACUUAACUGUCAUCUUCUAAACUCUUUAACAGACGAGCACACUGUGCAUACUCCACACCCUAGUUUCUUGCUGUUAAAUGACCUGAAACCAAUGACCAAAGAACUGAAAUACAUUUUUCUUGUUUAUUGUGAGAGGUUCCUUUGAUUUGGAAGUACUAAUAUAGUUUGCUGAGACUUUUUAAUGAGAACAUAAAUUGGGCUUAGGUUUUGAAGAGCAUGAGUUUUCGUUAUCACUGGCUAUGUUCACAGAGGUAAAGCACCAUGUCUUUUGAGAGUAUGUAUGUUGGUCUGAGCACUUAUAUUAUCUUGGAUACUUCGGAAUUGGCCUGAUGCCUACAAAGGAUUCACACAAACAUUUAGUUUACCUAGCAGAUUUUUAAAAUGUUUCCUCUCAAAUUACUUUUUAAGCUGCUUUUAAGGCUCCAGGGAAAGCUGGUCUCAGUAUUUUGAAAUAAUGUUGCCAAAUUUAUUUGUAGUUAUAGAAGACAAAAAGUACUUACUCAAUUUCCUCUCUCCUGUAUUACUGUGACUUUUGAACAGGAAAACAAACUUACAAGUAGACAAGAGUAGACAUCUGAAGUAGUUUAGGUAUUGCUUUAAAUAGAUCUCUGGACUCAGAAAAUAUAUUAAACUCUGUAGAACAUUUGAAGAUAGCUUUUGGGAAAUUAUGGAGACAGGUGUAUUCCAGAAUGAGAUUGAGAGUCUGUUAAAUACUGGAAUGGUUUUAAAAGUGAUGUUUUUUGAGCAUUUGUAGAAGAAAUUAGUAAUCCCUCAAUAAAUGUCUUUUCUCAGAACAAGUAAUGCAAACACACUUUUACUUGUUUUGAUAUGUUUUAGACUAUAGAUAAGGGGGAUGGUGUAGAAGACAGUUUCAUCAGGGCGUAUGCUAAUCACUUGGUGUCAAGAUGAGAAAAUUACUUUUUGGACAGUAAUAUCUAUGUGUAUAGUUUUGUGUCCGCUUAGGUUUUGGAGAUAUUUAUCCAUCAACCAACCAUCCAGCCACCUCACCUCAAAUAAUUUGAUUGUGUAGGUGCCAGACCAUUCUAACCUAGCAAUAUAAGAGUGAAGAAAAGGGAUAUGUUUGUCCAAAAGCUGUACAUUUCUCAUGAUGUAAAGCCUAAUGGAAAAGUUCUAUGAAGAAAAAACAGAGCAAGAAGAGAGAGUGGGUGUUCAUUUAUGUAGGAUGGUCAAAGGAGGUCUCAUAAAAUUGACCUUGAGUGUACUGUGUGCUUCACUUAAUCUCUGGUGACUAGCUUUAAACCAGUGUAUGAGUGAAAAUAGAGCAGUCAAAAUCAUUUGAAAAAUUAUAUUAAGAUCUUCACUGUUACGGAGCAUUUUUUCUGGUUUUCAAAUUGUAAAAUUGAAUAAAAUGAUAUUUGUUUUAUUUAGACAUGGAACUUUUAACUGCAAAGUUCUAUUUUGAAUAAGGCCUGAUUCUCCAUCUUAAGAGGAGUUGUUGGGGAAUAUCAUAUAGAAAAGAAUCAGUUAUAACUACAGGAAGGAGGACAGUUUGUUGACAGACUUGAAGGUUUUAAUUCACACCUGAAGGAAAGAAUUGAGGUUAACAUUCCUGAUGUUCUGCGCUGUGGCCAAACAAUAAACUAGGCAGGAAAUUGAAAAAGUAAAGUGUGUUCAGAGGAGGUUGAAAAGGGGCUGCAAGAAUCCUGAAAACGAGAGCUGGAAAGUGUGUCAAAGUUAUAUCUGGAAGAGACUCAGUGGAAGCAGGAGUAAAAAACGAAGACGAGGCAAAUUCUACUGUUUAAAUACCCUGUGUUACUUGCAGAAGAAAAAAGAAUUGAGAUGGAGUUACAGUGAAAUGUCAGAUGGAACGCAGGACAUAGACAUAUUCCUUUGAUUAAAGGGAAGAGAACUGUUUUGUGCUAAGUAGAGCAGGGAGCAUUAUUGCAGUUAAUUGACCUCAUGGUCUGUGCCAGAGCACCAGGACCUACCCUGGGUUUGCACAACCGUAAGAGUUAGUGCCUCAAAUUUUGUGCCCUGGUGCCUCCCUUGCUUCAGUUUAAUCCCAACCCUUACGGGGCUCAGAGGGCUUAGGAGUUUCUUCCUUGAGCAUCAAUAUCCUUUUUCCUCCCAACUCUUUUGCCUUUCCAUAAAAAAACUGUCUCCUUGCUUUUCCUUCCAUAAUCAUUCAAAUGGCAAAUAGUGUAAUAGGAAAACUAAUUCCUACUUGUAGACUGUGCUUAUGAUAGGAAAUAGCUUUGUACUUCCAAUGGUUCGUCUUCAGACAUAGAUGACUGGAAUGCUGUGGGAAUUAAUCUGAGAAGUCCUGGCAGCAGUUUAGAGGAUAGUUCAGUCUUGGCAGGUUGCAUAGACCGACCAACCAACUAAUAGAUCACAACCAACUGAUGAGAAGGUAUAGAGACGGAAAUUCCUCAAAGUCAGAAGAAAAAGGUAUGGUCAGAGUCAGGCAUGUCCAGGCAAGGGUAGCGGCUUGCAGGUGAGGCACGGCCCUCCAGAAAUUUUCAACCAGUGGCUUGGCCCGUGCAGAGGUUGAUGGUCUAAGCUCCUUGUUGAUUCAUGGGCCAGUGUCAUUCAAAAGCUUGUGACAGCCAGGUAGCAUUACGUUUCAGUGUCCCAGAAGUCUGCUGAGCAGAGUUCAGAGUCCUUGCAGUGGACUGUGAUGGAGUGGCAGGCAGUACUGCCUUGUCAACAUAGCAGUGGUGGGCAGGGGAUCUUGACAGGGACUCAUGUCCAGAUUGAGCUAAAUAUCUUAAGACCUCAAAGUCUGGGGAACAACUCUCCUUCCUCUACAGCAUAACUAAGUCUUGUUCUUUCUCCCAUUUUCUGUUUACUUACCUUUUCGUCCUCAGUCUGUUUUCCUUCAACUUUUCCAUUCCUGAGCCUUGCCCAUGCCAUCCUCUCAGUUGGAAUGCUUAACUGCAAAUGUGAAUCUCCUAUCCAAACUAAGGAGGUACAUCCUUGAAAUGCCAUUUUAAGGACUACCUGUUCUCUAAAGCCCUUGCUAAUCUAGAUCGUUCACUGUUCUAUGUCCCUCAUACACAUUGUGAGCCCUCUUGGUGCUAAUUGGGAGGCAGUAAGGUGAGUGAAAAGAACUUGUAGUUAGGCAGAUCUCUGUCAAAAUUUCUGUCUGUCUAGCCCUGGGGGUCUACAGUAAAUUUUCAGGUGUGUCCUCAUCUGAAAAGUUGGGAAUCAAAUCUUACCUUGAAAGACUUAAGUCCUUUAUAUACUAUAUGUAUAAUGUGAGGAUCAAGGAGACGGAGCAGCAAGUGUUCUUGACUAUUAUGUAGUUAAAAGAUACAGCUAAUGUUUACUGUGUACUUACUUUGCCAGAUCCUGUCCUGAAUGUACUGUCUCACAUAAUCCUCACAACAGCCAUGUGAGUUAGGUACUAUUACAGUUUUUUCCAAUUUGCAGAGGAGGACAUUAAAACAUUUCUUAAAAGAGCUGGCUAAAAAAACACAACUAGUAAUUGGCGAAGCCCAAACGCCAACCCAGACAGUCUGGCUCCAGAACCCAUGCUUUCGACGACCCUCUUAAUAGAUGUCACCAACUGGAAGCCUUUCUUUGCUGAUUCAGGGCCCAAACUGAAAGAUGGGCAGCCUACAAAGGUCCAGCCAGUAAGAGCAAAUAAUCCCUAAUGUAUUUAUUGUUAAUAUUAUUAAUACAACAAAUGGUUAAUAAGCCAUUUGUGAAGAACUAUUGUGUUCCUGGCACUGUGCUAAUGUGCUUUGUCUGCAUUCUUUAAUUCCCACAACUAUUAUGCAAGACAUCAUUGUUUUAUAAAAAUGAGGCUCAUGGAGUUGCUAUCUUCCCCUUCACAUCAAGAGAGCAGUACUUUUUCCAAUCCACUCCUCAGCCUACAACGAUCUAACUUCUGAUCGAAGUUGUCCACUGGGACUCCUCUUACUGAGAUUACAAAUGACCUUCUAGGUGACAUAAAUCUUGGAGACAUUUUUUGAUGAUCAAGUGACUUUCUUCUGCACUCCCCCUUGGUGACCACCCCUUCCCUCAUUGUUUCCAUGCCCAUAGUUUGUUCCAGAACCACCUCUCUGACCUAUUUAUUCCCCCAUAUCUUUUUAUGCCAUUUUUCUUUUGUCAGUUCAUUCUUUAGUCAGUUCAUGCUGGUCUUCUCCAAGAGCAUAUCCACCCACCUCCUUAAUCUACAUACCCUCCCUGAAUGUUCUCACCACUUCCUAGUCUCAGCUACCACUGAAAUGCUGAAGGUAGGGGAAAUGGUGCCAUACCCUGACACUCAUAAACUGAGACAAAGAUCAUUUACAUUUUGAAGACUCCCCCCAGUCCUUACGAGCACCUCAAGUUCAAGUGUAUCAAACUGAACACAUGCACACUUUUUCUAUACCAUCCCCAUCUCUGACUACCUUGCUGCCACCCCACCCUCCUUAACAUUAUUUAGGUUAAGCUGCUGUCACCACCUAGUUACUCAGACCUAGAACCUGAAAAUCAUGUUUGCCUCCUCCUCCUCCUCCAAUCCACUCAAUGUCUAGGAGCUGUCAAUUCUACCUCCCUGUUUUGAAUUUAUUCGCUUCUCUCUCUUGAGACAUGGGAAAACCUUGUGGAAGCCAACAUCUCUCACCUGACUGACUAAAAUACCUCCCUCCUCACCUACCAGCCUCCAGUUUGGCUGCUUCCACUAUUUUCUCCACCCUAGUCAUAGACUUUCUCAAACUCAAAUACAGAGGGUGCUGUGAUCAGACUGGAGCUCCUUUAACCCUCAUUGCCUCAGAAUAAACUCAGUGCUCCUCAAUAAGGCAUUCAAAGCUCUCUUGAAUUCUGUUUUUGUCUGCCUUUGAGCCCCAUUUCUUGCUACUUCAACCUUGUUCUCUAGUUGCACCAAGCUUCUUGUGGUUUCCUAAACACAUUAUAGCUGGCUGAUUUUUUUUAGCAUUUAAUUCUCAGCCCUUAAGUCACCUCCUCCAGGAAGUCUUCUCUGAUCACCUAGGCUGAGUUAGGUGUUUCUGAUUAAUGCUCCUAUAUGCCUUUGAUAACAUUUCUGUCAUUUCAUUUCGAAUAUUGAUUUGUGAUUAUUCUCAUGUCCAUUUUCUCCACUAGUUGGGAAGUUUGUGGUUGAGGGCAGGAACUAUUAAUUUCCAGUAUCUAGCAUAUAGUAAGCCCUUAGUGAAUGGCAGUUGAAUGAAUAAAUAAAUAACUUUCCUAAGGUUAUAUUGCAAAUAAUUUCUGACACUAAAAUGUUGCACUCUAAAAUUCAUGUUCUUUUUACUAAUGCAUUUGCACGUGUAGAGUGUUUAGAGACUUUAAAAAGCUAACAUUUUAGGGGGCCAAACCUUAUAAAAUUUCCUUCCAAUUAAAAAAAAAUUAAAAUGUUCAAUAAUACAUUCACAUGGUUCAGUAAUCAAACAAUAUAAAAAGAUACAUAGCACCCACAAGAAUCGAAAGCAGAAUCUCAGGAUGUUUGUACAUCUGUGUUCAGAGCGGCAUUAUAUUCACAGUAACUAAGAUGUGGAAGCAACUCGAGUGUCAGUGAGUGGAUAAACAAUGUGGUAUAUGGAACAUUAUUCAGCCUUAAAAAGGAAGGGAUUCUAUAAUCUACAAAAUGGGCGAAUCUUGAGGACGUUAUACUGUUAUUUGAAAUAAACAAGUCACAGAAAGACAAGUAUUGCAGGAUUCCAAUUACACGAGGUACUUGGAGUAGUCAAAAUCCUGAAGACAGGAAAUACAAUGGUGAUUUCCAGGGGGAGGGGGGAAGGGGGAGUUACUGUUUAAUGAGUAUAGAGUUUCAGUUUUACAAGAUGAAUUAUGGGGACGGAUGGUGGUAAUGGUUGUAUAACAAUUUGGAUGUAUUUAAUACCACUGACUGUAUAUGGAAAAAUGGCUAAGAUGGUAAAUUUUAUGUGUAUUUUACCACAAUAAAAACAGUUUUUAAAAUUC